AUGUCGGCCAAACAAAAACAGCGUAGUUCGGCGCGAACGGUGGUUACAUCAUCGUCCUCGUCAACAACUAGAUCCGAAUAUCCGGUCUCAGUAAGCACCGAUGAGGGGAGUGAAUCGUACAGUAAUAUCUCAAUGUUAUCACCAAAUCGUCAAACCCGUCUCUUGGAGAAGGAAACUCUGUCGAAUCUGAAUGAUCGUCUCGCUAUCUACAUCGAUAGAGUUCGUCAGUUGGAGAUGGAAAAUGCGAGAUUGAAUGUGCGAAUCAAUGAGAGUGAAGUGGUUGAGAAGAGGGAACGCGAAGAUUUGGUGAAACGUUACGAAGAGAAGAUUAAGGAGUUGCGUGACUUCAUGGAUGAGGCACUCAAGGAUAAAACCCGUCUCAAUAUGGAUGCGAAAUCUGCUAUUGCAGAACGUGACACUCUUCGUGCGAAGAUUGGUAAGCUGGAGAAGGAAUUGAAGCAGUCAGAGAAGUCACGUCUCAGCGUCGAAAGUCUCAUCCAAGAUUUACAAGGGCGUGUGAAUUCAGCAGACAAUAUGAGAAAACAUUUGGAAGACGAGAAUAAGGGACUUGCAUCAGAAAAUGCCGAGUUGAAGCAUCAGUUAGAUACUUUACGCAAACAAGUUGAAGAUCAGACUAUCAUCAGUACUGCAUUAGGUAAUCAGAACCAAUCCUUGAAGGAGGAUUACGAAUUUCUCAAGAAAACGCAUGAAGGCCAACUGGAAGAGAUUCAUCGUAAGCGUCAGGUAGAAAUGACGACAACUGCUCGCGAAAUUGAACGCACUUACGAAUCGCGUCUUCAAGAACAGCUUCAAGCCAUGCGUGCUGAAUUUGAUGCUCGUCUCAAUAAGAAUCGUCGUGAUAUCGACGAAACUUAUAAGAACAAAAUGAAUGAGGCAAACGAAGCACGUCAACAAGCAACCACGGCUCGUGAGGAAUCAGCUCGACUUCGUCUGCGUAUUCAUGAACUCGAAAAGAACGUGGGUGCGCACGAUAGCCGUGUCGAUGCACUCAAUAAGAAAAUCUCUGAUCUCGAAAAUCAGCUUCGUUUCGUUCGUGACGAUGCAGAUGUGCGUAUUCAACAACGCGACAAUCGUAUCGGUGAGCUUCAACAAGAGAUCGAUCGCAUCUUAAGUGAAUAUCAAGACCUAUUCGAGCUGAAAGUGCAACUCGAUACUGAGCUCAGAGCUUAUCAAAGUCUUCUGGAGGGUGAAGAAUCACGUUUGAAUAUCUCACAGCAAUCAUCUGUGUCGAGUGGUGGAUUGGGUGGUGGAGGUGAUGCAGCAGCGAGUUUGGCAACAUACUCGUCAUCUUCGCAGGUCGGUGCAUCAUCAUCUCCUCGUCGGGGUGGCGUGAAGAGAAGACGCUUCAUCGCUUCUGAUAAUAGUUCAAUCUUCCGCAAUACCGCGAAAACAUACAAGGUUUUGUUCUUUUCGCUCAUCGUACUCAGUUUUUACUUCAUUUUCAUCAAACCUCUUAUAUCACCGUUACGCAUUGUUACACCUUUCAAAUCUCAAAAUACGAAACUUGGUAUGAACCUAGAUGUGGUGACUUAUCUGUCAACUGUUUCAUUGCAGACAACAGCAAACUCGGAAUGUGAUGUUGAAAUUGAUGCACACGAUACAAAUGGUAAAUACGUGCGUUUGAUCAAUAAGAGUGAUGAAUCGAUAUCGAUUGGACAGUGGUCCAUUAAGAGUGUUGCAAGUGAACGUGAGACCGUUUACAAAUUCCACUCUCGUCAGCUUAUCAAACCUGGUGAUACCAUUACGGUUUGGAGCGCGGAUAGCGGAGAGAAGUCAUCACCUCCUUCGCAGCUGGUUAUGAAGAAUCAGCAGUGGCCUGCAGGCGAUCACGUGAAGACGGUUCUUGUCGAUUCCGAAGGUGCUGAGAUGGCUAUGCGAGAGAGUAUUGCUGAAUUGCAGAUUGGUGGUGCGUUUGGACAGACUGAUGAACAGGACCCUGAUCAACGUUGUUCGCUUAUGUAA